AUGGCCAAGUCGCCCGAGGUCGCCGUAGCGAUGGGCAAGGACGAAGUCGUACUCUCGUCGGGACGUCAGGGCGGCGGCGUCGGCGAAGUCAUCUUGCCGCACGGAGUCGCCAGGAUGUCCAGGGAAUUUGGUGGGUCUGCCUUCAGGGUUGUGACGCCCAAGCACAAUUUUCCAGGCGGCCUGCCGUCUCUUGCUGGCCUUCCUCGCCCCGGCAGCUGGCUUCUGGAUCCCCUGAUGCCCCCCCUGUGGCCCCUCGGUCUCAGGGCCGACCCCCCUCCCCCUCUAUGGCCUUUUCUGCACCUGUACCCGCCGUCGGAUGCCCACCUACUCUCGCCUGGAGGAGGAGGGAAAGGGGGCAAGCACCCGGACACAAGCAAAUUGUUUGGGGCCCACGGAUUUUCGGCGCUGCAGCUCCGGCCGUUCACGCUCGGUGCCCUCACGUGCGACCUGAGGGUGGGCACGAGGCCCUGGCUGUUCCCCGAACCCCCGCCUUUGCCGGCCCCACUACCUCCGGGUUCGAACCCUGCGACCAGCGUGGCCGGACAGGCGUCCUCCGGGCGCGGCGCCUCGUCUCCCGCCCCGGCCGCCGGGGCCAAGUCCACGUGCUCCAACGCCUCCCUGAGUCCUUCCUCAAGCGAGGCAAGCAACGGGGGCCUCGUUUCUUCUCUGGGUCACAGUGGUCAGAUGGAGCUCGGCCAGAGACUAAGUCCCCAGGCCCUGGCGGCCUCGGCAGGACUGCUGUCUCCCCACCACCACCACCAUCAUCUACACCACCUGCACCAUCUUCAUCACCCGCUGUCCGACGUCUACUCGUGCCUCAAGUGCGACAAGAUGUUCUCCACGGCCCACGGACUCGAGGUGCACGCCAGGAGGUCUCAUAGCGGCAAGCGGCCCUUCGCCUGCGAGCUCUGCAACAAGACCUUCGGUCACGAGGUCAGCUUGAGCCAGCACCGAGCCGUCCACACGUCCGAGCGCACCUUCGAGUGCAAGCAGUGUGGCAAGACGUUCAAGCGCUCCUCGACGUUGUCAACACACCUGCUCAUCCACUCGGACACCCGGCCCUACCCGUGCGAGUACUGCGGGAAGAGGUUUCACCAGAAGUCUGACAUGAAGAAGCACACCUACAUACACACCGGCGAAAAGCCCCACAAGUGCGCCGUGUGCGGCAAGGCCUUCAGCCAGUCCUCCAACCUGAUCACCCAUAGCCGGAAACACACGGGCUUCAAGCCUUUCGCCUGUGACGUCUGCGGAAGGGCCUUCCAGAGAAAAGUCGACCUCCGGAGGCACAAGGAGACUCAACACGCCGACAUCAGGCCCAUCUAACUCCGUCUGGUUCGCACUCUGUCCAGUCAUCGCGUGUCCUGCUGCGCUGUACAGACUUUUGCCAGGACCACAACCUUGAGCGUCGAGAUUCGCGGUGUCCUUAGCACCACGAAAACACGCAGACUGAAGACUACCAAAACUCAAG